CUCUUUCGCGCUCUCACUCAGGACAGCACCCUCGCGCGCUCCGAUCAUGCGGCCGGUGGUUCUCGCGGCUCUCUCCCUGCUCCAUCUCGCGCUCGUGUCGCGCGCGCAGUUCCGCGGCCGUGCGCGACCGCCGACGCGCUCCGGACUAAGACGUGCUGCCCGGCGUGGCCCGGUGACGGAUCGGAGUGCGGCGCGCGCUCCGGCCGCGGCUUCUGCCAGGACGUGACGGUAUCCGAUUUGCCGAACGGGCCGCAGUUCCCGCACAGCGACGUGGACGACCGCGAGCGGUGGCCGCUGGCGUUCUACAACCGCACGUGCCGGUGCGCGGGCAACUUCAUGGGCUACAACUGCGGCGAGUGCAAGUUCGGUUACUACGGCCCCGGCUGCGCGGAGCGGCGCGAGAGCGUGCGCAGGAACAUCUUCCAGCUGUCGGCGGCGGACCGCCAGCGCUUCAUCUCGUACCUCAACCUGGCCAAGAGCACCAUCAGCGCAGACUACGUGAUCGCCACGGGCACGCGUGCGCAGAUGAACGACACAGGCGCGCCGAUGUUCGCCGACGUCAGCGUCUACGACCUGUUCGUGUGGAUGCACUACUACGUGUCGCGGGACGCGCUGCUCGGCAGCGGCGCGGGCGUGUGGGCGGACGUGGACUUCGCGCACGAGGCCGCCGCCUUCCUGCCGUGGCACCGCGUCUUCCUGCUCAGCUGGGAGCGCGAGAUCCGCAAACUCACCGGCGACCUCAACUUCACCAUACCGUACUGGGACUGGAGAGACGCGCGCGACUGCCAGGUGUGCACCGACGAGCUGAUGGGCGGGCGCAGUCCGUUAGACCCCAACCUCAUCAGCCCCGCUUCGGUCUUCUCCUCAUGGAAGGUAAUCUGCACUCACCCAGAGGUGUACAACACACGUGAGGUGCUUUGCGACGGCUUACCCGAGGGCCCGCUGCUUCGCAACCCCGGCAACCAUGACCCUAGCCGUGUCAACCGGCUGCCUAGUAAUGAGGACGUGGAGUUCGUGCUCUCGCUAACACAGUAUGAGAGCGACACGUUGGAUAGACGUGCCAACAUGAGCUUCAGGAAUGUGCUUGAAGGUUUCGCAAGUCCAGAGACAGGUAUAGCAGUGUCAGGCCAGAGCACAAUGCACAACGCACUACACAUCUUUAUGAACGGCUCGAUGUCAUCAGUGCCCGCUUCAGCAAACGACCCGGUGUUCCUUCUGCACCAUGCAUUUAUUGACAGCAUCUUUGAACGAUGGUUACGUCUUCACCAACCCCCGCGAACCAUUUACCCGGAAUCCAACGCUCCGAUCGGCCAUAAUGGAGGCUACAACAUGGUACCCUUCAUCCCUUUGUACAGAAACAUGGACUACUUCCUCUCCACGAAAGAGCUGGGAUACGAAUACAGCUACCUACUGGAUCCAACUCAGCGUCUCUUGCAGGAGUUUAUCGCUCCUUAUUGGGAGCAUGUGAAGCAGAUUUGGCCCUGGCUCCUGGGGGCCGCUGUGCUUGGGGCCCUGGUCGCCGCACUUGUUGCCGCAGUUAUCAGAGGGUUCGUCGUGACAACGCGCCGCCGAAGAAACAGGAAGAACGGAUACGGAGAGAAACAACCGCUACUCAACAGCAGCGAAGAGGAGGAUACAGCCUCAUAUCAGACCACACUCUGAACACACACACACAAAAUGUAUUUGUACACACACCUGAAAAAUCUAAUACAGAGAGAACACACACAUAUUCAAACACACACACACACACACACAUGUUCUCUCUCUUACACAUAGAAACCUAACUAUGCAAAUACACACACACACACACACACGCACACACACACACGUAACAAUUGUACAUGGACAAACGAACAGAGAUUCAAAAGAACAAUACACACACACACACACACACACACACACACACACACACACACACACAAUGAACUUGUACUGUAUGAACACACACACA